AUGGGCGGGCGAGGAAGGAACAACGGAAAUAGGAAUAGCAAAUCGAAUGGAAAUGGCGGACGUCGCGAUGGAGGCCGCGGGGGAGACGGAGGAAGCGGCAGCUUCAGCGGAGGAAACGGGGACGAUCAAAACGAUAACAACAAUCGUGACGAUCGUGACGAUCGCGAUGACGAGGAAGAGGAAACCCCCCAAAGUGACGACGACCAAGACAGUGACAAACCGAAGAAGGUGAAGAAGAAAAAAGAAGACGGAGAAUCCGAAGCUGUUGAAGGAGAAGAAGAAGCGUCCGAAGAGGCAGACGAAUUAACCGAAGAAACGCGCGACGAUGCGGGCGAAGUUACUCAAACGAAGAAUCUCGAGCAGAUAAAGUUGUUGCCGGAUAUGAAGCUGCUUGUGGCCCCCGAAAUGGGGAAUGCACAAAUGAGCGAAGAAGAGGCAUUGGAAAAAACAACAAACAUAGUUGAGGACAAUGACAUAAUUAAUAUGAUAAACGAUAACGCGUCGUCCAUUCGGGAAUACAGCUUUGAAGAUUCUCAUAUCAAGGCCUGCCUGUUAGAGAACAACGCAGGAAUGCACAGGAUAUCGCCAGAGGAAGCUCAAAAAAUCGGGAAGAACAUCGUCAGCAACCCGUUUACGGCCAGCAGUUGUGGGGGAGAAACGGAUGAGCAGUACGUACGGGUAGACAGUCUUGUAGAAAGCGACGCAAUGCAGAACGGGGGAGAAAACCUUCCAACAUCCCAUCUCAGGCGCUACAAGACCGAGGCAAUCAACAAGUGCAUCCAGAGGCAGCAGACGAAGAUAAAGCUGAACAAUGUGUUGACAGAGCUGAAGUUUAAAAACGCACACCAGGUUGAGUACCCCCAGGGAGAAUACUCGGAAGAGCAUAGCCUAUCCGGAGGAGACAUGAACAAUAAUUUGGAGGGGAUGGAGGCACAUAACGAAAAUUUUCACCCCAAUAACCAGCAACGCGAAAGCUACAACAGUCCCUAUGACCAGAAUUAUACCGACUUUGUCAAACACUACGUAACGCGCGCUGGAAAAUUUUACAGAGAUGUGGCCAAACCGCAAGUUGAAAAAAUGUUGAAUGCACAGUCACAAUCGUUUGGAUUAAGACAUUUAUAUAAAAAUGCAGGAGAUUUAUCGUACGCCUAUGGAAGUUCCGAAUUUAACAGAUCAUUGUCUACCUGUAUGGAGGAGGGAGAUACGAAGAGGGAAGUAGACGAUUGUAAUUUUACAAAUUACCUGACCUGUUCAGGCGACAAGGUGAUAAAUAGAUACUUCGAAGAAAACAUGAACUGCAUAGCUACACCCCUGGCGGAAAUGAAAAAAUACAUGCCUACCCACUUGGGCUAUUACGAGAAUUUUAAUUACAGCAAGGCGCUGGACACGAUUGGCAACUACGACUGCACGAAUGCUAAGGAGUACCUCGAAAAUUAUGACUGCGUGAAGGGCGCACGCGCGUUUGUGGAGGAGAAUUCCUGCGGGACGGGCAUGGCACGGCUGGCGGAGCACGUCAAUUUGGAAAAUGUGCGAAGACACGUCAAUAUGGAAAAUUUACGCAAACAUGUCAACCUGGAUAAUGUGCGAAAACAUAUCAAUAUGGAAAAUGUUCGAAAGCAUGUCAACUUGGAAAACGUGAAGAGACACGUGAAACUACCAUCCAUGGCCAGGCGCAUCAACAUAAGAAGCGUGGCGGAGCAGAUCAACGUGGAGCAGCUGAAAGAGCGCCUAGACGCAGAGGGGCUCCUAAACGCACAGUGCUUCGAUGGAAAUUACAACAUCCUGGGGGAGGCCUACAGAAAUUAUGUGAACAAAUAUAUUGAGGAGGUUAAGAAGUCUCUACAAGAACAGAAGGAACACUACACACAGAACGCCAACUGCAAUGCACAACUGAUGAACAACGGUUUUGUCAAACUAGCUACGAGGAAUAUUCGUAAUUUAGGAAACGUUUACACGAGGAAUAGAAAAAAAUUUAAUUGGAAUAAUCAUAAGGAGUAUAUUGCGUUUAACCAUAGGAAGUAUGUUGGUUUGUUAGAUGAAUGCUACAAGAGGAGGGUUCAGUCUGUGAAGAAAAAAAUUAAGGUGAACAAGGAGUUUUUCGACAACUACUUUAGAGCGUGCACUAUUGAUUGUAAUAGUAACAGGUACAUGGGGUCGUCAAAUGAUCUGUCCAGAAGUGCUGCUUCUCUCUUUGACUAUGGAAAUAUUGAGAUCAAUUCGUUCGAACAAGCAAAUUCUCUAAACCUAGCUGACAUGCAUCUCCCGUCGCUGUUUAAAGGUUCCGCUUCUUCGUCCAACCUGCAAAGGGUCAAUAGUAAUAGUGACUCCGAAAUGGUGGGAAGCGCCUACGGCAACGGCAAUGGCAACUCCGACGAAGGGACAAACAGACGCAACGGAGACGCAGCCACUGACGAGGGUGAUGAUGCAUAUGGCGAUACUUACAACGCUGACGUGGACGACGAACAAAUAAACAUCCCCUGCUUCCCACAGAAGGAAAACAGACUGAAGCAUUUGAAGUCCGUCCUGGCAGACAGUGGAGGAAUCGAAAGCGACAUCAUCUAUGAUCAGAAGAAAAAUAUCUUCUUCGAUUUUAAUGACAAUGCUUAUGUGCACGUUGAGGGGAACUUAUAUUUCAACGCAAAGGAUAAGUUAUUCUACGAAAUUGACUACAUCGAUGACUUUUCCUACGAAAACGUCAGAAAGGGACUCCUCCAACUGGGCCACUUCCUCAUCACCGAGAAAUAUGCACCCUGCAAACUUAUCAUGCGACUGUGCACACAGUUUAAUUCGUUCAUGUAUAACUUCCUCGGUUUGCACAAGUACAACGUCUUUUACGCGGAUAGGGAUAACCUCGUGGAAAUUAUCAUCAAGUGA